UAUAUGUUUUGAAUGAUACGUUUGGAUAGAAAUGGAGUUUUAUGUCAAGUCAUGCCUCGAGUCGUAUGACAUAAGAGUCGGAUUGAAAUCUGAAGUUUAAAACACCGAUUGAAUCGUCAAUUGAUAGCUAAAGACAAUACAAAUGGCAACCGCUAUGAUUGUCGACAAUACUGAUGGAUAUGAUAUCCAUAAGAAUCAAAACAAGAACAACAAGUUCUCUCUAAAUCACAACCAAUUGAACAACAACGAACAGAUGGACGACGAAGAAUCGGUUCGACAAAAGGAAUCGAAUAUUAUUGAAAAAGGACUGGAAAUGAGUCGCAACGGAAAGGCCAACGAAUUGGCUGAUUUGAUCCGAAGUGUUCGUCCAUUUUUAAACAGAAUAUCAAAAGCAAAAGCAGCGAAACUGGUGCGUCAAUUGGUGGACCUGUUUCUCGAUAUGGAAACCAAAACAGGACUCGAAGUGCAGUUAUGUUUGGAUUGUAUAGAUUGGGCCAAACAAGAGAAGCGAACAUUUCUUAGACAAUCACUUGAGGGCCGACUCAUAGCUCUGUAUUACGACACCAAACAGUACGACUCGGCUCUUCAGUUAGGAUCACAACUAUUACGCGAAUUGAAGAAAAUGGAUGACAAGAAUCUGUUGGUUGAUGUUCAGCUCUUAGAGUCGAAGACAUAUCACGCGCUUAGUAACUUACCGCGAGCUCGGGCGGCAUUGACCAGUGCCCGAACUACUGCUAAUGCCAUCUACUGUCCGCCCAAAAUGCAGGCGGCGCUCGACCUACAGUCGGGUAUACUUCAUGCGGCCGACGAACGUGACUUCAAAACUGCCUUCAGUUACUAUUACGAAGCCUUCGAAGGUUACGAUUCUGUCGACUCACCGAAGGCUGUCAUUGCACUGAAAUAUAUGUUGCUCUCGAAGAUUAUGCUUAAUCUAGCCGAAGAUGUACAGUCCAUAACCAUCGGUAAACUAGCCCUCAAAUAUGCGGGAAAAGACAUCGAAGCCCUCAAAGCAAUAGCCAAUGCAUCUCAUAAGCGCUCUUUGGCUGACUUCCAGGAGGCGCUCAAGACAUACAAAGCAGAAUUAGUCGACGACCCUAUCAUUAACUCCCAYUUAAAGUCACUUUAUGACAACAUGUUGGAGCAAAACCUGUGCCGUAUUAUUGAACCCUAUUCUAGAGUACAGGUGGACCACAUCUCUAGUUUAAUACGCUUACCUCGAGAUACGGUUGAGAAGAAGUUAUCACAAAUGAUUUUAGACAAAAAGUUCAGCGGUAUUCUAGAUCAGGGAGAGGCUGUUCUUAUCAUYUUUGAGGACAGUCCUUCCGAUAAGACAUACGAAUCGGCGUUAGAAACGCUACAAAAUAUGGGUAAAGUAGUCGACUCGUUGUAUCAAAAAGCGAAAAAACUGUCGUAAUAGUCGACUAUUUUUCAAAAAAAAAAUGAUUGUAUUAUUA